ACAAUGGACAUACUACCAUCGGUACUGUUUACAUCACUGUAUAUGCGAAUUUGAGUACCUCGCGACUCACCUUGCCUUGGAAAAGAACAUCUGAAAAUACACAAUGGCCAUUACCAACGUCGCCCUCAUCGGCGGCACAGGAACGCUAGGUGCACCUGUCCUAAAGGCGCUCAAAGCCUCCGAAUUCGACAUCUUCGUCCUCAACCGUCGCACAUCCAAAUCGGUGUAUCCGAAAACUAAAGUCAUUACCGUGCCGGAUGAUCUCAACGUUGAUGAAGUCGCCAAAGCCCUGCGGGAGAAGAACAUCGACGCCUUAAUCAUUACCAUUGCUGGCAGCCAUGUCGACUCGCAAAAGAAGCUAAUCGAUGCUGCAUUCAAAGCUGGUGUCAAGCGCAUGAUGCCUGCAGAAUUCGGAAGCUGCGACUCUGCAGACGAGCAGACGAACGAGAUCUUGCCGCUGAUGAAGGGCAAGAAGGUCGUUCGGGACUACCUUUUGACACUACAAGACAAAGAGCGAGAAGACGGCAUGGGCAAACUUACCUGGACAUCUCUCAUCACGGGACACUUCUUCGACUGGGGUAUGACCUGCGGUCUACUAAAGUUCGAUUUAAAGGCUCGAAAGGCGUAUAUCCUUGACGGCGGCAACAUCAAGUUCUCCGCUACGAAUCUAGACUUUAUCGGCAAAGCUGUUGUUAAGAUUCUCGAGAAAGCAGAUGAAACCGCAAACAAGCUUUUGUACGUCCAUGGCCUCCACGUCACACAACUCGAGGUCCUUGCUGCGCUAGAAAAGGCUACGGGGGAAAAGUUUGAGAGGAUCGAUCAGAACAGCAAGGAGGAGCUAGACGUUGCGAGACCAAAGAUGCUGGAAGGCGACGGCGAGGCAAGGGAAGAAGUCGUUGCCGUAUGGGGCAUUGUCGCCGCUGACUGGAAGGAGAAGGAAGGCUUUGCCAACUCGUUACUUUGGAUUGCAGGAGGAGGAUCUCGAUGAAGUUAUACGCCGAGUCGGUUUCCGAGAUGUGAACGCCUCGGUCGCACAUGAAGUCCUUGCAUUUCCAAUCACCACACCAAUACGAGCUUCCAUACAGAAGAUACAGCACAGCAGAUGAUGCAGUCUUAAGAAAUAGCAUCCAUCACUGCCAGCACAUACUAAUCAACUGCACUUACCAGCAU